GGGGACGCGCAAGAUGGCGGCGGGGCCGGGGCACGGAGCCCGGAGCCGGGCAGCGCUGCAGCGGGGGCUGCGGGGCCGGGCUCCGGGGCCGAGCCGUGCGCACGGCGGUUUAGCGGUCGCAGCAGGGCACGGUUAACCGGUGUCCGGGUUUUUAAGCGUUAGGAGACCGCGGCGUUCAGGUUCGCUGCUCCACCGCCGCCCCUUGGUGCAGCGGGAGCGGGCGGACUCGGCUGUGGCUCUGGAGCCCGGUGCCCGCUGGGGACCCCGCAGCGCCGGGACGUGGCGCUGGGGGUCGGGUUGGAUGCUGGGCUCAAUUCCUUCACUGCAGAGCGGUUGGGUGCUGGGACGCGCUGUGCAGGGAGCAGGGGGGGCCCUGUCCUUAAGGGUGUCCCAGAGCCGCGGGGCUGUGGCACUGGGGACGUGGUCAGCGGGUGGGGAUCCUGAACCAGAACGGCUCUAGCACUUCUGUAGGAGCCUCAGCGUGCGGAGAUUGGGCUGUUUGUGAGGCAUAGACACGUGCUGCUUCACGGCUUGUGUGCAGUCGCAGUUAUUUCAGUACGGUGCUGCAGGGCAGGUCAUCAAAUCCUUUAGGUUGGUUUACAUAGAAUCACAGGAUUCUUAGAGUUGGAUGGGACCUUUAAGAGCCAUCUGGUCGCACUGCCCUGCAGUGAGCAGGGGCACACAGCUCCAGCAGGUGCUCAGAGCCCCGUGCUACCUGGAUGUCUCCAAGGACGGGGCUUCUACUGCAUCUGUGGGCAGCCCGUUCCCCUUCUAUUUCUCCAUGGAGUCAUUUGUGAAGGCAUUGAAGGGGCACAGCAGUCGGACUCCAUGAACCAUACGGGUCCCCUCUCCCUCGGGGUGUCCCGUGUUUCUUUGACAAGAAAGCAACGUGUGCUUAAAAAAUGAGAAAGCAGCAGCUGCCCUCGUGGUGCGCUGAGCUCAGCUGCGGGCUCAGCCCUCCCUGCUGCGUGCUCAUGGCUCAUGCAGCUGAAGUGGAUGCCGUGAGGUAAGGAUCUGCCCCGUGGAGAAGCGCUCCUCGGGGGCGAGGAGUAGAAAUGCAUCAUGUUUUUUUUUUUUUUUCUCCCUAUCCUUUAAAAACAGCCUGCCAGAACAAACAGAGCAGCGGCGUGCGUUGGAGGGGUGGGGAUGUGCUGGUCUCUAUGACGAGUGGUAGGGCUGAGAGCUGCGUGUCCCAGGGUGGGGCUCCAAGUGCCUACGAAGCAGUUCCCUUCCCUUCCCCUCCCCGAAUGCUCCGUGGUUCGGUGGGGCUCCGCCGGCCCCGUGUUGGUUCUGCCUGCGGAUUGGGGGCUGAAGGUAAAUGGAACGAUUCCUUACUCCUUUGCCAUCGGGGCGUUGUUCCGAAUGGAGCUGGGUGCUUUCUGCAGGAAGCUGCGGGCAGAAAUGUUUGCUGGUGCGUGGAGCUCUGCCUCAGGGCUGCUGUGUGAACGGGUUUGUGCCGCUCUGCGGUUUGACACGGAGGGUGAAACUGGAAAAAGGCCGUUGGUUUCUGCUGCUGGCAUGCCACGAAGGUGCCCGAACGUCGUUGUCCUGCCUUCUUGUAAGAGUUUCUUUCUGGAAGGCUCACCCAGAGUGAGUCUGUGCGAGAAGUGCCUUAAAGCAGCAGGUGCUGGGAGGGGAUCUUUGGCAGCGCCAGAGAGCUGUGUGUUUUUUUGUUUUUUAUCCUCAUACUUCCAGGCUGUCUUUAUCUUACCCACACGUUUUCUCACUUCUGCUCUUUUUUUUUUUUCCCCCCCUCCCUAUCCUGCUGAGGUGGAGGGGCCGGCAGCCCCGCAGGUGCUCGGCUGCUGGGGCUCAGAGCUAACAACGGGUUAGGCUGGAUUGGAUUGGAGCAGGCUGGAUGGAGCACACUGCUGCUUGGCUGCUGGGCAGGGCUGCCCGGGACCACGGAGGGACUUGGCCUGUCUUGUCUCAAACAACUGGAGCAGGAAACGUUCCAAGAGGGGAGCCAGGAGAGAAGGAUGGAGCCCUGCGGCGGCAGAGCGGCGAGCUGCUCUUCUCUGCUAAUUCUUAGGACUGACCCCUGCUCUUCUCAGUGCUGAGUGACUCUGGUGGCUGAGAACCAUCAGCCUGAGCGUGAAUGGACUGACAGCUCGGGCUUCUCUCAGCUCGCUGACCGACAGAGACCCCUGCUGAGGACUCUCGAAUCUGAAACAUGGAACCAUGCAGAUGUGGAGGAGCUGCUGCCCAAGGGCAGCCCUGCACAGCUGGGCUCUGUGAUGCUGAGCGUGCGUGGUCGCCUUUGUCAACCCAGCACCCACGGGUCGAGACCCCUGACUCCAAACGGCGCUGGAUCCAAAGGCUUUGUGUUGUUCUUGGAAAGUUUCGCUCCACUUGUGAAUUCCUUGAACCUUGGCAUUGCGAGCCCGCUUGUGUUGGGCCCUCCUCCUUUUCAGCUUGCUCACAUUAAGACCCAGUUGGCUCUGCAGCAGUUGACCUCGGUUGCCGCCAGCAGCUCCGCGCUUCCUCAUGCUCGCUUCGGCCGGGCGUUUCUGAAAAGCACCAUGUUUAGCCCCAGAGGAGCGUUGCCGCAGAGGCCGAGAGGACCCAACCCGUCCGGAGCCAAACCCCCGGGAUCCUUCCAGGGCGGAGGCGGGCCGGGCCCGCAGAGACAACCGGCGCCGGGAGCGCCCCAGGGGGCAGCGCCGCGCGCCUCGGGGCAGGACAGCGUCCCAUGGACCGGCUCGCAGCGCAUCAACGUCCGCGUCACCCUGCACAGGGCCGACCCGCGGCAGGCCAAGGCCAAGAGCAACCUGCACCAGGAGCAGAAGGGAGACGUGCGCGCGGGCCGCUGGGACGGCAGCCCCUGCCCGCCCCCGCCCGUCUCGCAGAAGCCGCCGGCCCCGGCCCGGCUCCCGGAGCAGAACGCGGGAGCGCAGAACCGCUACACGCCGGAGAGCGCGUCCAGCAUCUUGGCGAGCUUCGGGCUGUCCAACGAAGACCUGGAGGAGCUCAGUCGCUACCCGGAUGACCAGCUGACGCCUGAAAACAUGCCGCUCAUCCUCAGAGAGAUACGGAUGCGGAAGAUGGGCCACCCCUUGCCCGGCUUGCAUUCGCAGAGCCGAGGAGAAGCGAUGGGCGGGACGAGCGGCGCAGCGGUCAAGGGCAAGGUGAUCGAUUACGGGCACGCGAGCAGGUACGGGUACACCGAGGAUCCUCUGGAGGUGCGAGGUUACAACGUGGAAGCGCUGAGGGAGGAGCCUCUGGAAGCGCGCGCCUACAACCCCGAAGCUUCGAGCAGAGAGAAGAGGGAAGAGUUCCAGCGAGAGCCGAGCGUGCCGAUGGGCGUUCCGCCGGCCGGCGUGGCGUGCGGCCCGGCCUUCCCGCCUCAGGACGUCAUGAAGCCGCCGCCGCCACCGCCGGCUUUCCAGAGCGACCCGGCCAACCCUCACCCAUUCUUCCCGGCGGAGCCUGCGGGGAAGGCGGGCGGGCUGUGCGCGGCGCCCGUGGGGAAGGCCGGCCCCCCGCCCGCGGUGCUGCCCGUCAUGCCGCCCAUCCUGCCGCUGGCCGUGCCGCCCUUGGCGCAGCCCGUCAUGCCGCCGCUCAUCUCGCAGCCCGUGGUGCCGCUCCUCCCCCAGCCUCCCUUCUCGGCCGAGCUGCUGGCCAUCCUGGAGCAGCGCGACAGGAUCCAGCAGGACUCCGGGAGCGGCCAGCCCAGCGCUCCGAGCCCCGGCGUGGGGCAGAAGCCCUUCCAGCCGCAGCCCGAGGGGCCCAUUAAGUCCCCCUUUGGCGUUGUGAAGGCGUCGUGGCUCCCGGCGUUCCUGCAGUCCGACGCCCAGAAGAUAAAGCGCUUGCCCACCCCGUCCAUGAUGAAUGACUACUAUGCGACGUCGCCGAGAAUAUUCCCACAUAUGUGUUCUCUGUGUAACGUAGAAUGCGCUCGUAUGAAGGACUGGAUCCUGCACCAGAACACCCCUUCCCACAUCGAGAGCUGCCGCCACUUACGACAACAGUACCCCGAGUGGAACCCCGAGGCUCGCUCUUCGAAGCGGAAUGCUGCGGACAGGAAGGAGAACCAGACCCCCAAGCACCGCUCCAACUCGGCCAGCCCCAGCCCCCGGCGUCCGAGGCCCGCAGGCUCCAGCUAUGUUCCUCGGCACUCGCGCUCACGCUCCAGGAGCCCGGGCCGUUACCGACCGACGCGCCCGAGGAGCCGGAGCCCGCGGCAGGUGCGGCGCCUGAGCCCUCGGCACUGGUCACGCUCACCGCAGCGAUCGAGGAACCCGCUGAGGGGCAGCCCGCGGCCCCAGCGCUCCUCCAGCCAUGACUGGUCAUCGAGGAGAGCCACCCGAUCCCAAGACAGGAAGGCGGCUCUGGAGGCCGUGAUGAAGACGCUGGGACCCGGCUUCGUGGCGGAGUUCAACAAGCACAAAUCAUCGCAGGCGGGCACUCCGGGCUCGGGGAAAUCAGCGCCCUCUCACGGAGCCGGGGGGAAGGUGCCCGGGAACGGGAAGAAGACCCCAAAAACGGGCAUUGCUGCAAAGGCUGCGAAGAAGGACGCCCUUCCUCCGCCUGCACCCGGCUCCUGUUCUCCUCAAGGCGACGAAGUGCCCCAAGAGAAGGAAAUGGAGGAGGAGGAGGAGGAGGAGGAGGAGGGCUCGCCUGCAGGGCCCAGCAGGCCUCGGGCUGCGCCGUAUAACCGGCUGCUGAGAGAGGAGCUGCUGAACUGCGGCACGGUGCUUCAGAUCUCCAACUUACCGGACGACGGCUUUUCGGAUCAGGACAUCAAAAAAAUCGUGCAGCCCUUCGGCAAAGUCAGCGAUCUGAUCGUGCUGCGCUCCAGGAACAAGGCCUACUUGGAAAUGAACUACAAAGAAGCGGUGAUAGCGGCUGUGAAAUACGGCGAAACUGUGCCAGUGCUGGUGAAUGGGAGACAGGUGAAAAUCAGCGUGGCGGAGAAGCCCAAAGCAUCCCCCAGCCAGGCCAAAACGAGCGUCAAAAAGAAGACUCAGACCGUCAAAAAAGCAGCACCAAGCACCAAAAAGCACCCAACCACCACCACCGCCACCACGAAGACCAAGAAAACGAUUGCAGGCAAAAAAGAGAAAACCAAGAAGUCCGUGGGGACCAAAGAGAGUAAAACCAAGAGGACUUCAGGCACUGCAGCCCAGUCGGAUGAAAACGAAUCCAAAGAGCUUCAGAGCUCGCCUGGAAGUGGGGUGGAAGCUGGGGACGCUGGGCUGCCUGAGCCCACGGGUGCUGCAGGAGGGGAUGAAGGUGGCACAGAGCCUGCAAAGGCAGGGGAUGCUCCAUCCAAAGGGGCGAGCAAUCCUGCACCUUUACCAGAGAAACCCGCCCAGGUGCUGCAGGCGGUGCCGGCGGGCUCGGAUGGGCAGAACGAAGCUUUAAUUGAUCCAGAAGCUUCUGCAGAGACUGUGAAGAGCGAGGAGGCAGCGGAGCCGGGUGGCAAGGAAGCUGAGGACGCGUGCGUGGUGCUGGUUUCAAACCUGCCCGAGAAGGGCUACUCCGUGGAAGAAGUCUCCAACCUGGCGAAGCCCUUCGGUGGGCUGAGGGAUGUGUUAAUUGUGUCCUCUCACAAGAAGGCGUAUCUCGAGAUCAACAGAAAAUCCGCAGAAUCCAUGGUGAAGUUUUACACCUGCUUUCCCAUGACCCUGGAUGGGAACCAGCUGUGCAUCGACGUGGCGCCUCAGCAUAAGACCGUGAGAGACGAGGAAGCGAUAUUUACUGCCAUCAUCAAAGACUCUGACCCUAAGGUGAACGCCGAGGCGCUGCACCACCAGUUUGUGCACCUGGGGAACUUACCAGACGAGGGGUACAGAGAAUUCGAAGUGGUUUGCGUGGGGCUGCGCUUCGGGAAGGUCGAUCACUACGUGGUGCUGAAGAACAAAAACAAGGCAAUUCUGCAGCUGGAGAGUCCCAAGGCAGCCAGGUCCAUGUACUGCUUCCUGAACCAGUACUCGUACACCAUGGGGGGGCACACCUUGACCUGCACGUUGUCCCCCAGCAGGCAGCAUGCUGACACCGAAGCCGUGAAAAAGGAAGCGAAGAAGGAGGAGCCAAGCAGAGGAAGCUCCAGCUUGAAAAAACACCCAGAGGGAUCAGGAGCGGUGCAAACAGCAGCUGCUCAUCCUCCGGUAGAGCCCAGUGUGGUGAAGAAAGAACCCGUUUCCACCCCUCCUGCUAAGGAUGAGCUGUCAGCAGUGAAGGCAGAGCCCUCCGAGUCCCGUCUGGAAGGAGCACGGAGGGGUUCCGCUGCGGGAUCGGGCGACCCGGCCGCCGGGAAGGCAGGAGCUGGGGCUGAGCUCCCUGGUGCACCCCUGGCAGCAGCCGGCGCCGAUUUAACCACAGCCGAGCCCGAAGAGAAACUGCCACCUGCUCCCAGCGUGGGGAAGGAGGAGGAGGUUACAGGUGGAGCAGCCUCUGAGCUCCCCGUGCCUGCAGCUGGAUCCGCACCGCAGAAGGGAAGGGCGCUGGGAGCCGAGGGGCUGGGAGCUACUGCUGGAGAGCGGCCGGGAGGAGCACCAGGCCGGGGUGACCAUGUGCCAUUCCACCAUGUGCCAUCCAGCCACGUGCCAUCCGGCACUGCUGCCCCACUGGGGGCCGAACCCAGAGCUGUGCCCCCCGCUCACGGCGCGGCGGAGACGGGCUCGUGUGUUGUCCCGCACGGAAACCCCAAGGCGAGUGUGCCAAAAAAGACGCGUGUUUCUGAUCCGGGGAAGAUGGAACAUGAGAAGCCCAGGGCUCCGACGGCGGAGGUGAGACCUGUGCUCGAGGCUGGGGCGGCCCUGGGGAGGACACGAGGUGGAGCUGGAGACAGAGCAGAAGGGGCCGUGCUCUGCGGUGGCAGCGCUUGGGAGGAGAGCUCCCAGCAGCUGCUGGCCAAGGCUGGGGCUGCCGUGGAAAAUGCUGAUAAGAAUGCAAAGGAGAAGGAGGGAAGCUCCAUCAGAGCGCCUCAAAGCAAAGAAACGGGGCCGGGCAAAGUGAAAGAAGCCGGCAAAGCAGCUGCAUCGAACUCCUCUUUGUCUGCCCAGGAGCCUUCCUCCGUUUCUAAAAUAACUUUAAAGGCGGUGGUGCCUGUUCCUGAUAUACUGAAGCCAAGGGUCGCGGCGCAGAGAAGCAAACCGGCGCCGUGCAAGGGAGGGAAGCAAGCGGCUUCCUCCAAAGCCAGAGCCCAGGGAGCAGCAGCGGGGCAGAAGAAGGCAGCGUGGAAAGAUGGGGGUCACCCAAGAGCCGGUGGCAGCCAGAACCCAGCGGGCAGCACGUCCCAGCAGAGCGGGGCUGCCGGCACCGGGAAGGCUGGCAGCGGGAGGAACGCGUCCCAGCAAGAGAAGGACUCGCAAGUGGAACCUAGGGCUGGCUCAAAGCAGGAGGGAGAGAGCAGAUGGGCCAGCACGAAGAGAGACGCCGGCAGCACUGCAGGUUUCCGCUGGGGGCAAUGCUCGAACGUCCAGAAGCAGCAGCAGCAGCAGCAGCAGCAAGCAGAAGGAGGAAGAAGAGCUGUUCCCGUUCAACCUGGACGAGUUUGUCACUGUGGACGAGGUGAUAGAGGAGAGCGAGCCUCCCGUUCAAAGCCAGCGCAGUCAGCCCAAGGGGAAGAGGAAGGAGGGUGCCAGGAGCUGCUCGGAGCCCGGCUCCAAGAGGAGGAAGGAGAGGAGCUCCCCGCAGCGCCUGGCGGAGAGCGAGCUGUCCUUCGUCAUGCUGGAUGAGAUCGGCGAGGAGGAGGAGGAGGAGGAAGAGGAGGCGGGCGCGCAGCUGGGGAUGCUGGUGGUGGACGAGGUGCUGGAGGACGAGGAGCUGAUGGCCGAGGUGGCCAAGGACCCGCGGGGGCUGGUGACGUUGGACGAGAUCACGGAG